AUGAGGCCUGGCUUCAGCCGUCUCAGACGCAUGGAGCAGGAGAAGGAAGAGGAGCCGGCAGACGGGUCCCAGCCGCUGGACACGCGAUGCACCCGCUACAUGCAGGAGUUCUGCGACAUCUUGCCGCUCUUGCCCCCACAGCUGCCCGAGACGCCCUCCCAAGAGGAGGUCAGUCAAGAGAUGCUGCUGAUGGAGCGCGUCACCAAGCUGAAAAAGCAGUUUGGCCGCGAGGUCCAUCAGAGGGCGAUGGAACUUGCAAAGGGCGCCGUCCCUGCUGAGACGGAGGAGGUCUUUACCUUGGCCACUGGCCUCCGGGACCGGCUCGUAGCCCGGAAGGUUCUUGCGGCAGAUUGUCAAGUGGUCGGGCCAGCUGAGACCACUGCCAAGGCAUCCCCUGCGCUGAAUACCAACGCACAGCCUGAGGAGGAAGUCCGAAUCCAGCAGCCUAGCAGCCAGCAGGGCUUCUUGGGAUGCAUGGCCGGACUGGCGCGAAAGCUGUGUGCGCAGUAA